AUGUCCGACGCGUACGAGCGCGAGCGCCAGAACAACUCGCGGCUCGACGAGCUGAGCGCCAAGGUGUCUGCGCUGCGGGGCGUGACGAUUGAUAUCUAUGACAAUGCGCGGGAUCAGGGGGUUAUUGAUUCGACGACAGAAACCUUCUCCACCUUCAGCACCUCGCUGACCACCAGCGCGGGCCGGCUGACGCGCAUGGCAGCGUCGGGCAACCGGGUGGCGGUGCUCAAGCUCGCGGGGAUUCUGAGCGGCGUGGGGUUGGUGCUGUGGUUUUUGCUGAGGCUUGCUUUUUAG